CGUGGCUUCUGUACACAAGAAGCUAAUUGGCCGUAAAGAGUCAGUCAACACCGCCAAAUAUCGAUAGUGAUACCGAGCCGGAAAUGCGGACACGGGCAUCGUCCGAUAAACUGGGUGGACAGAGAUACUGUGUCGGACCUGUAAACCGCAGGUUUGUACCUCGAUUGACUGAAUUCGCGUUGGCCUGUAAACAGAACUUUACAGCUAUAUCACCAUGUUUGCAAUGAGAAUCGUCUUCGGUCUUCUAGCCUCCAUCUCCUGCUUUGUGUCUCCAAGUUGGUGUCUGUCCCUCAGCGAUGAAAACACCUGUGAACACUCUGAAACGUAUACAGUUAGUUAUUCAGGCACCAGAGCUCUAAGCAGACAAAGUUCCGACAGGACUUCAUGCGGACUGUUUGGCUGGUCAAGAUGCGUAAGAUAUAUGACGACAUAUUAUACAGGGUACACGACGAACUAUCGCACCGCCACGCGGUCAGUAGCGCGAUGUUGCCCGGGCUGGACCUCACGCGGAAGUGAUGAUUGUUUACUCCCAAUCUGUGAUCCAUCCUGCAUAUCUGGCCAAGGAGUCUGCACCGCACCCAGAACCUGCACCUGCUCUGCCGGCUACGAAGGCUCCCGCUGCGAACGGCGAUGCCCUACUGGGCGUUACGGCCAGAAUUGCGCAUCCACGUGUCAGUGUCAGAACGGCGGAGUGUGCCACCAUGUGACGGGGUCAUGUGACUGCCCCCCAGGCUGGGUGGGAAGUGUCUGUGACCAGUCAUGUCAGGAAGGCUACUACGGUGACGGAUGCUCGUCGGAGUGCCAGUGUCGUAACGACACUAGUCAGUGUGAUCCUCCCACUGGGUUGUGCAGUUGUAAUGACGGCUGGAUGGGGGCGCUGUGCGAUGCGACAUGUUCAACUGGGAGCUAUGGUGCAGGCUGCAGCGACAUCUGUGAGUGCCAGAAUGGAGCAUCUUGUCAUCAUGUGAGCGGAAAUUGUAGUUGUCUGCCGGGCUGGGAGGGUACGCACUGCGAGAACGAGUGCAGGGAUGGUUUCUAUGGCGAUGAAUGUGCAAAUGCCUGUCGGUGCGAAAACGGAGCUCGGUGUGACAAAGAGACCGGUCAUUGUUGGUGUACUGCGGGUUGGCAGGGAGACACCUGCAGUGAGCCAUGUCAGGGAACCUAUGGAUUGAACUGUCUCCUCCCAUGCCUGUGCCAGAAUAACGCCACCUGUAACCCAGUCAAUGGCAACUGUACCUGCUCGCCAGGCUGGGUUGGCGAUGUCUGUGAUACCCCGUGUGGUCCUGGCAUGUAUGGUACCAACUGCAGCGCGGUGUGUGGGUGCUUGAAUGACGCUGUGUGUGAUCAUGUGACUGGGGAAUGCUACUGCACAGCAGGUUUUAUCGGGCAGCAGUGCGGCGACGUGUGCCCGGAGGGACGAUACGGUCUGGGCUGUGCUUACACCUGCGGUUGUUUGAACGAUGCUCGUUGCGAUCCUGUGACUGGAAGCUGUGACUGCACAGCUGGGUACACUGGUACCCAGUGUGGCCAACGGUGUCCAUAUGGUUACUAUGGGCUAGACUGCCAGAGUACUUGUGAGUGCGAUAACGGCGUCUGUAACCACGUCAACGGAUCGUGUGUCUGCCACCCGGGCUGGAAAGGGGACGCCUGUGACGUGACCUGCGACGCGGGCCGCUACGGCGCGCAGUGCCGCGAGCCGUGCGAGUGUAUGAACGGAGCAAGCUGUGAUCACGUGACCGGGGCCUGCACAUGCGGCGCGGGAUGGAUGUCGGAGCGGUGUGACCGUCGGUGCGAUUUGGGCUCGUAUGGCCUAGCCUGUGUUUUUGCCUGCCAGUGUCAGAACGGCGCCACCUGUCAUCAUGUGACCGGAUGCGACUGUGCUCCAGGCUAUGAGGGGAAUUUCUGCCAAAAUCCCUGCAGUGAUGGAACUUUUGGAGCGAAUUGUGCCUCGGCCUGUGUUUGCCUGAACGGCGCCGCUUGUCACCAUGUGACGGGUCUGUGCACCUGCACGGACGGCUGGAUCGGAACAACCUGCAACCAGUCAUGCCCAGUAGGUUACUAUGGCAACCAGUGCUUGGAAGAGUGCCAAUGUCAAAAUGGGGCGGCGUGUGACCACGUGACGGGAGAGUGUAACUGCACCAGUGGGUGGCAAGGCAUCCAUUGUGAGUCGCCGUGCAUUGACGGUUGGUACGGCCAGGACUGUUCCGUCGAGUGUUUCUGCUACAACGGAGCCCUGUGCCAUCACAUCACGGGGGCUUGUCUCUGCACGGACGGCUACAUCGGUGAACUGUGUGAACAACAAUGCAUCCACGGAAAAUAUGGUCCCAACUGCAGCCUGGAUUGCACCUGUCAGAACGACGCACUCUGUGACCAUCGUAACGGAAGCUGUACCUGUGGUCCAGGCUGGCUCGGACUCACCUGUAAUGCUUCGUGUCCUACUGGUAUGUUUGGUAUGCGGUGCCUGUCCAUGUGUACAUGUCAGAAUGGUGCAGUCUGUGACCCGGUGUCUGGUUCCUGCCUCUGCCAAUCUGGUUGGAUCGGUGACUCGUGUGAGACUGAAUGCAUGCAAGGUCACUACGGCCAAGAUUGUGGCCUUACCUGCCUCUGCCAAAAUGGUGCCCAUUGUGACUCCGUCGCCGGUCUAUGUACCUGUGCCCCUGGCUACCAAGGCACGGUCUGUGAGACCGCCUGCCAGCAAGGGUACUACGGACAAGACUGCCGGGAACCGUGCAGGUGCAUGAGCGGUGCACUGUGCAACCACGUCACCGGUUCCUGUGCAUGUCCACCGGGCUGGAUCGACGACAUCUGCAAUACGACUUGCCCGCAGGGCCAGUACGGUGACGCGUGCUCACAACAGUGUCUGUGCCAGAACGGGGCGAGCUGCCAUCACGUGGACGGCGCUUGUAACUGCACGGAAGGAUGGCAGGGGGCGCUGUGCAGCGAAACGUGCGACGAGGGUUACUAUGGAUACCGAUGUGAACAUCAGUGCAUGUGCCUAAACCAAGGGCUUUGUCAUCCUGCCAAUGGCGAAUGCACAUGCCAAGCUGGUUGGCAGGGCGACCACUGCGGGAGAACAUGUGACCCAGGUUACUACGGCGACAAUUGUGCCUCAUUGUCUGGCUGUCAGAAUGGCGCCAUCACGCAUCAUGUGACCGGAGCGUGCCAUUGUAGCGCAGGGUGGACCGGGUCCCUCUGUGAAGAUCAGUGCCCGACAGGCUCAUAUGGCAACCACUGUAACCAGACUUGUUUGUGUUGGUACGAAGACCCGUGCGACCACAUUAACGGCACAUGCUACUGCUCAGCAGGGUACACUGGAGUCUACUGCCAGUACGCUUGCCCAGAAGGUUUCCAUGGGCAUGGCUGCCAAGCAUCCUGCCUUUGCCAGAACAACGCCACCUGUAAUCACGUGACUGGUAACUGCUACUGCGCCGACGGCUGGAUCGGCCCCAUCUGUGAUACCCCCUGCGAGGAUAGUUUCUACGGCAACCAGUGCCGGCAAGAGUGCUUGUGCCAGAACGGAGGACUGUGUGAUCAUGUGACCGGGCAGUGCUCGUGUCUUCCCGGAUACGUCGGAGAAUUCUGUCAAGAUAUGUGUCCCCGCCCAGGUAAUGGCUAUGGCUUAGGUUGUCUGUCUCAAUGCGACUGUCUGAAUGAGGCUUUUUGCCAUCCCGUCAACGGCAGCUGUUCAUGUACCCCUGGAUGGCUGGGCGACCAGUGUGGUGAUGCCUGCCAGGAGGGUUUCUAUGGCAACGGUUGCCAGCAUCGCUGCGUCUGUCAGAAUGGAGCGGAUUGCAACCACGUGAGCGGGGAGUGCGACUGCCAACCUGGUUGGAGAGGAUUGACUUGUUCCGAACCCUGCCUUACCGGCACGUAUGGCCCCCACUGCCAACUCACCUGCACGUGUCAGAACGGAGCCGCGUGCCACCACGUCACUGGCUACUGUAACUGCACCGCCGGCUGGCAGGGUACCGACUGUGAUGUCAUGUGCGAGACGGACACGUACGGAUGGCGCUGCGGUCUGGAGUGUCGGUGCGAGAACGGCGCCGCCUGCGAUCAUGUGACCGGGGCGUGUUCGUGUAGUCCUGGGUGGCAGGGGGAGUAUUGCGACGCGCCGUGCGAUUCCGGUUCUUAUGGUGAGUCUUGUUCCCUGACUUGUCGCUGCAUGAAUGGUGCAAUGUGUAACCCCAUCUAUGGCUCCUGCACCUGCACCGCUGGUUGGAUGGAUGCGUGGUGCCAGACUCGCUGUUCAGAUGGACGUUUUGGUGUUGACUGUCGUUACCCGUGCACUUGUCAGAACGAUGCUGCGUGUCACCCAGAGACCGGUCACUGCUCAUGUACCCCCGGCUGGCAAGGCGACUCAUGUCAGUAUCGAUGUCCCCAGGGGCUCUAUGGCGAGGAGUGUCACUCUGUCUGUCAGUGUCAACAUGAGGGUGUGUGUCAUCACGUCACCGGUACAUGUUCCUGUCAGGCUGGCUGGAUUGGCGCUACUUGCAACACGUCGUGUCCCGAGGGUACGUAUGGUAUCGGUUGCGCAUCACAGUGUGGUUGCCAUAACAACGCAUCCUGCGAUCCUUACGAGGGCCGAUGCUAUUGCCAAGCCGGUUUCUACGGUACUUACUGUGAGUCUGACUGUCCUUUGGGUUACUAUGGCAACUUCUGUCUAGAGGAGUGCCUGUGCCAGAAUGACGCGACGUGCGAUAGGGCUGACGGUCACUGCACAUGCUCAGAAGGAUGGCAGGGUAACGAAUGCAGCGCACCAUGCGACGAAGGUUCUUAUGGCGCGGACUGUGGAUAUACAUGUGAGUGUCUGAACAACGCAACGUGUCAUCACGUCACCGGGAACUGUCUCUGCCUGCCGGGAUGGGAGGGCGACAAAUGCGAUGAUACCUGCCGGGAAGGAAAGUACGGCCUGUCAUGUGACUUCAGCUGUAUGUGCGUCAAUCACGUCGGAUGUGACCCAGUGGAUGGUAGCUGUACGUGUCUGCCAGGAUACCAGGGAGAAAUCUGUCAGUACGUGUGUGACGAGGGAACUUACGGCCAAGAUUGUCUUGAGAAAUGCCAGUGUCUCCACGCCGCGCACUGCGUUCCGCAGACUGGGGAAUGCCAGUGCAGCAACGGAUGGGUCGGGCAACUCUGCGACACGGCUUGCCAAGGGGGCUUCUACGGUCCACAGUGUGCGCUGCCGUGUGCGUGCCAGAACAACGCUUCCUGCGAUCACGUGACCGGCGAGUGUGACUGCCGGCCUGGCUGGAUGGGGGCGACUUGCAACCAGACGUGCUGGGAAGGUAUGCAUGGCCCGUACUGUCUGGAACCCUGCCUCUGCAUGAACGGUGCGCAGUGUCAUCACAUCAGUGGUGCGUGCACCUGUCUAUCGGGCUGGAUAGGGGCGCACUGCCACCAGCCGUGUCCUGAAGGGAGAUACGGCUUCGACUGCGCCCUGGACUGCACAUGUCUGAACGGCGCGGAGUGCGACGCCGCGACGGGGGCGUGUCGUUGCGCCCCAGGAUGGGAGGACGACACGUGCUCGUCGCCGUGUCGACCAGGAAGCCAUGGAGACCAGUGUCUGAUGAGUUGUCAGUGUGAGAACAACAGCACUUGUGAUCAUGUGACGGGCCAUUGCACCUGUACGGACGGUUGGACAGGCUGGUACUGCAACCAGCCAUGCCCGCCAGGAUUCUACGGCCACGAGUGCCAGUAUACCUGCGAUUGCCUCCACGGUUCUUGCCACCACGUCACCGGGCUCUGCUCCUGCAAUGCCGGCUGGCAGGGCGAGACUUGCACGGUACCCUGCAACGCCAGUUACUACGGCAACAACUGCCAGCAGGAAUGCCAGUGCAAGAAUGACGCGGAGUGCAACGCAGUGAACGGCACGUGCACGUGUCUGGCGGGAUUGAGAGGCGUAUUCUGCGAGAGUCCUUGCGAGAGAGGUUUCUUCGGCCCAGGCUGCUCAUCCAGAUGUCUUUGUCCUGGUGAAGUUUGCGACGCUAAGAACGGAAGCUGUCCCGCGAGAGUGGAGUGCCCCGGGGACCGGUGGGGCGAUACCUGUGAGCACACCUGCGUGUGUUACAACGGCGCUGUGUGUGACCAGACCAAUGGGAACUGUGGAUGCAAAGAAGGAUACGCAGGAUCCAAAUGUCAACUCAAAACACCUUCAGAGAAGCCAGUCCUUGAUCCGAGUGGUAACCUCACCUUGGCUGAAACUGGCAACAGUAAUAACCCAAACAACAAUCUUAACACCAUCAUCUACGUAUCUUGUGUCGCUGCCGGAAUGCUGGUUUUCAUAGUGAUUGUAGUAUGCCUAGUAAGGCGAAGACGGCGUCAGAAACAGUUAGAAAUUGCCAAGUUGUCCGAAGCUGAUAUGGUGACGUCCAAAGGCAGAAUAUCAUCAAUCAGUAGUGAGUCUGCAAAUGAUGACAAGAAUCUUCUCAAAACCAACGGCAAAACCAAGAAACCGAAUGAACCUAAAUCUCCCUCCGCACUCAGCGAUAACACCUGCGUGUUUGAAAACCCACUGUACGGGGACCCUGAGGUCUAAAAGACAAUGGACAACAGCUGGUGGUUCUUAGUUUAAUCCAAGAAGUUUAUGGACUCUUGUUCGUGGUCUCCGUGCCCAAGUACCCCUCUCACUCGAGUUAGGAGGGACAGUCUUACAGUCUUUGGCUUGCCGCAAGCAUCUAUGAUAUGCGUGAAGAUUAUGCAAAACAACUCUGCGUCUUGACCUCCCGAUUCUGACCAUUUAGCAGGCGCCUUCUGUCGGCUUUUCAGUAAAGCAAUGUUUUAUGAGAAAAAUAACGACAGCUGUUGACCAAUCAGCAGCUUUAAUUGGCCCAAUUUCAGCUCUAAUUGAUGUUACAGCUUCUAAAGGCGGCUCCGAUUGGCCAGCGCGCGGGGUUGCAUAACAUUUACAUGCAUGGAUAUGUCAGACGUUUUAGUGUGUAUCUGCACACGUGAACGUCUGA